AUGCAAACGCUUCCAUUCCCUCAUGAGAUUCUUCUGCUGGUCUUCCAGCACCUGACAAAGAGAGAUCUUCUGAACCUCAGCGUGUGCAGUUCAGAGCUACGGUAUACCCUUAAACCGUACAUUCUUCGGGAGGUCAAGUUUGACUGGGGGUUCAUCCUUCGAGAGUUCAACCAUCUGUUGAUAAAAAGAGGUCAGAAGAGAGACUGCGACGGUGAACUGUUGCAAGUCUCUAGGGAUUGUGAGGCCUUAUCGCUGCGCCAGUUUGUUGAAAAGAUCUUCGUCACACAGGGUAAUCUCCAAAAUGAAUGGAACUUCAACUUUGGUGCGAUGGUGAGCCAAUUUGCCAAUCUGACUGAGUUGAAGUUGACCAUCGAGAGCUCGUCGAGCUUCCUCAAGUACAACGACUCUCUACAGUCGAUAAAGAAGCUGGAGCUCUCGACGAUUGCGGAAGGGUCUAUCUUCAACCUGAACCAUUGUCAGCACUUCACGAAGCUGACCACCUUGAAGAUCAAUGGCUUCUGUGUGGACUUUGAUCCAGAGGACACUAGAGACUUACCAUUUGUUAUCAAGGACCUGGAGCUGAUCAACUGCUCAUGGAGCUAUCCCUUCCAGCUCAGCCAUUUUGGACAUGCCAUCACAACACUACAGCUAACCUAUAUCAACCAUCAGUUCAUACUGAGCGAAAGGUUCAGAGAGUUUCUACACAACCCAAGCUUACCAAACUUGCAAUACCUGACCAUUUCGAAUCAGAAUGUCCUGACAUUACACAUAACGUACAGGAUCAUGAAGUUUUUGAAGAACAUACCAAAUCUACAAAGGCUGUACCUCCUGGGAAAGAUAACGAAUGAGACUAUAGACAACUUCACUGUGCACGACUUGGAGAACAAGGUACGGUACGUGCUGAACGUGAACAACGUCAAGAUCUUCUACUCCUCGUUUGUCGACGCUUCAAGGAGUAUUGUCUGA